UCAUCUAUUUUCUGGUGCUGUCAUUAACAUCGGGAAUUCGUGGAGGAAAAAGUGUAAAUUUUCUCUUUCUCUAUCCGCGAUAGAGUGAAAAACCAAGUGAAAAAUAGUUGUGCUGGAGUUAUGGGCAAUACAGAUACGAAAUUGAACUUCCGGAAGGCAAUUGUACAAUUGACCACAAAGAAUCAGCAAAUUGACGCCACUGACGAUGCAUUCUGGGAUCAAUUUUGGGCAGAACAUAGCACAAAUGUCCAGGAUGUUUUUGCACUUGUUCCACCCAAUGAGAUACGUAAUUUGCGCCAGGAGAACCCAGCAAAUCUCGCCACACUGCUCUAUAAAGCCACAGAACGUCUGGUCCGUGCUGUGGAUAACAGCUGUCGGACUCAGGCAGAACAGCAAAUUGUUCUGAAUUGCGUGCGCCUCCUGCAGCGCAUUCUGCCCUAUAUAUUCGAAGAUAGUGAAUGGAAAAAUUUCUUCUGGUCCCAACUACCAUCCGGCAAUGAGGGGGAUGACUCCUCAACGCCUUUGGCACAGAGUCUGCUCAAUGCAAUAUGCGAUUUGCUCUUCUGCCCAGACUUCACAGUUGUAGCAACGCGUCGGUCAGGACCGGACAAGGCAGAGGAGUUGACAAAUAUUGACAGCUGCGAGUAUAUUUGGGAGGCUGGAGUAGGUUUUGCUCAAUCACCACCAAAGCAUUCGCAUUUGGAACUCCGUCGCACGGAAUUGCUCAAAUUGCUACUCACGUGCUUCAGUGAGACAAUGUACCGUGUCCCGAGCACAAGUGAAGAGCCUAAUAAGUGGAUAGCUCAUUUCACAAGUGCUGACAAUCGCCAUGCUCUCCCACUCUUUACUUCCCUCCUCAAUACUGUUUGCGCCUAUGAUCCAGUCGGCCUGGGCGUACCGUACAAUCAUCUUCUGUUUACGGACACAAUGGAGCCUUUGGUGGAAGUCUGCUUGCAGAUUCUCAUUGUUACUCUGGAUCAUGACAUGACGCUAAACAGUCCAACGACAGCGGCCUACGAUGAAACGACGCUCGGUGAUAAUCUCUUCAUCAACUACUUGAGUCGUGUGCAUCGGGAUGAAGACUUUCACUUUAUACUCAGAGGGAUAACGCGACUUCUGAAUAAUCCUCUGGUCCAGAGCUACUUACCAAAUUCAACAAAGCGCCUCCACUGCCAUCAGGAGUUACUGGUAUUUUUCUGGAAGAUUUGCGACUACAACAAGAAGUUCCUCUACUUUGUGCUGAAAAGUAGCGACGUCCUAGACGUUCUCGUGCCCAUACUCUAUCAUCUCAAUGACUCAAGAGCUGAUCAAUCUCGUGUUGGAUUGAUGCACAUUGGUGUCUUUAUACUGUUGCUGCUGUCAGGGGAAAGGAACUUCGGGGUACGCCUCAAUAAACCGUAUACAGCAACUGUUCCAAUGGACAUUCCUGUCUUCACUGGAACUCAUGCUGAUCUUCUUGUGACGGUCUUUCACAAGAUCAUUGCCACUGGUCACCAAAGACUUCAACCACUCUUUGACUGUCUUCUGACAAUUCUUGUCAAUGUUUCACCCUAUCUCAAAACCCUCUCAAUGGUAGCAAGCAUAAAACUUCUGCAUCUUCUCGAAGCAUUUAGUACGCCAUGGUUCCUCUACUCAGCUCCGGCCAAUCAUCAUUUGGUCUUCUUCCUACUAGAGAUCUUCAACAAUAUCAUUCAGUAUCAAUUUGAUGGGAAUUCCAACUUGGUGUACACAAUCAUAAGGAAGCGCCAUGUAUUUCAUGCUCUGGCGAAUUUGCCAUCGGAUAUGGGUGGGAUAUCGCGAUGUCUUAGUAGCAGAAAGGGAGCUAGACGAAUGGCCCCGGCUGCUGUAGCCAAAGAGCCACCACAGUCUACGGAUGCUGAUGAGGAAGACGAAGAGGAAUCUGAAGAAGACAAUAAAAGUGACACGAUUGUGGAGGAAGAAUCGAUGGAGGGGUCAAAGCCUGCUCUGCCAGCUGAACCGGGAACACUAAAGGCUUCCCUGCUGGAUACACCAGCCAUUGGACAGAUGACAGAACGAGAAUCAGCUCAUAUGAAUGCAUCUCAGUCUCAGGAAUCACCGACCCUGUGUGAUCUGAAUGCAACGCUUGCAACGCUCUCAUGUGAAGAUGCGAAAAGUGAGGCUUCCUCCAAGAGUCCGGCCGCUUCGCCAGCAACUAGUCCCAAAGGCAAUACCAGUGGAGCAUUGAAGCGUGCUGUAGCACAACGAGGAAGUAUUCGAGUGACGUCAAGUGGGCCAGCAGCAUCCUCAGCCAAUGUAUGGACUCCAACCCCAGAAUGGGUGGCAUCGUGGCGAGCAAAGUUGCCGCUGCAGACGAUAAUGCGUCUACUGCAGGUGCUUGUUCCACAAGUUGAAAAGAUUUGUAUCGACAAAGGGCUCACGGAUGAAUCGGAGAUACUGAAAUUCCUGCAGCAUGGGACCCUCGUGGGUCUGUUGCCUGUGCCUCAUCCAAUUCUGAUCAGAAAGUAUCAGGCAAAUAGUGGAACUACAGCUUGGUUUAGGACGUACAUGUGGGGCGUUAUCUAUCUCAGAAAUAUCGAACCAGCCAUAUGGUAUGACACGGACGUGAAACUGUUUGAAAUUCAGAGAGUCUAAUGUUGAACACAGUGAUUCAAGUCAAUUUUGUAGAAGUUUUUUUUACUGCAAUUCUUUAGUUUUCUAUUUAUUCUUCCUAUUGUACCUUACUUUUUUCCAAGAUUUUUUUGUGAUAUUUCAGAAAAUAAUCUUUUUUUUCUUUUUUUUUUUUACUUAAGGUGCGCUUUAAAUGUAUUUUUACUUUUUGAAAACCUGUUUUUUAGUUUCUUUUUGAAACACUUUCUCAGUCUACAGCAUUCCACUAAUUUUCGAAAAUUUUCAAAACUCAUACUAAAAUUAAAAUCUUAUCAAGUCACAUUUUUCAAACUCUGACCAAAAGUAUCAUAUAAAAAUAUCAAAUGAAGGAGCUAUAACCACCAUAUACAUUUAUUGCUGAAUAUUGUGUAUAGUAAAAGUGUAAUUAUGAAAAAUAAAAAUUUUAAUUAAUCAAAAA